AUGGCAAGCCGCCAGGAGGGCUUCUUUGUCCAGGAUGGAGAUGAGCUGGACUACCACUCAGCCAUCGUCCCCAGUGAAGGAAAGAAGCCCAUCCACGUCAACGGUCAUGAGCUGGUGGUUCCGCGCCUGCGCGUGAGGCGCGAUUCGGCCGGAAAGGCCAUCACACAACCUCCCGGGCUCUGGUUCUGGGAGGUUAACGACCCGGACCAACUCGAGCCGGACGGCAGCGAGACGUGGAUGGAGCUGGGGUUCUUCUCAGGCCCAAAGGACCUGGAGAAGAAGUUGCUGGAUUUCUUUGCGCGAGAUUGGGGGGACAAAGUCACCGGACCCACUGGUGCUCUCAAAGACGGCCACGGCGUGUGGGACCGAUUUCUCUUUCGUCGCUCAGGGGAGCAGACUAAGAAGAUGAUGGAGGUCCGGGAGGAGUACUGGCAGGCGCAACGGCAACAGCAACAGCAACAGGAGGAGGAACAGGAACAGGAACAGGAACAGGAACAGCAACAAUGA